AUCCACAUUGUCACAUUGUGAUCGAUCGAGUUUGAGUACUUGCAGUUGCAUUGUAUGCAGAAAGCUCAUCACGGCCAAUAGCUUUCAAAGAAGCAAGAAAAAGGUUAGUGACAGCAUCCAGCACCAUGCAAGCCAUGCAGAGACUUGUGUUGGGUUUGCUUGUGUCGAUGGCGAUCACGGCGUCGGCUCAGGGCCCGACGGCCGCGCCGGCAGCGCCGGCGCCGGCGACCCCUGCGACGCCUGCGGCGCCGGCGCCGGCGUCGACGAAGACGACGAACAUCACGGGGGUGCUGGCCAAGGCCGGGCAGUUCAACACGCUCAUCAGGCUGAUGCGGUCGACCGGCGUGGCGGAGCAGAUCGACAACCAGCUGAACAGCUCCCGGAACGGGCUGACGGUGUUCGCGCCGACGGACAACGCCUUCACCUCGCUCCCCUCCGGCACGCUCAACUCGCUGUCCGACCAGCAGAAGAACUCGCUGGUGCAGUACCACGUCCUGUCCACGCUGAUCCCCAUGUCGCAGUUCGACACCGUCAGCAACCCGCUCCGGACGCAGGCCGGCAACAACUCGCCGGGGCAGUACCCGCUCAACGUGACGGCGGAGGGGCAGCAGGUGAACAUCUCCACCGGCGUCGUCAACGCCACCGUCGACAACACGCUCUUCACCGGCGACAACCUGGUCGUGUACCAGGUCAACAAGGUGCUGCUGCCGAUGGCCAUCUACGGCACGCCGGCGCCGGCGCCCGCGCCCCUGGCGCCCACGAAGAAGAAGGGGAAGACGCCGGCGACGUCGGUUGCUGACGCGCCAGAGGCCGCCGACGCGACGCCGGACGCGACGCCGUCUCUCGCGGCGGCGAGGGUGACGGCGGGUGCUGGCGUCGGGGUGGUUCUUGCCUUGGUGAGCGUCUGGUUGGGGCUGUGACGUCGAUGAGAAUUCAAAUCCCGGCGAGAUCUCUGUAUUGUACGGGCCAUCGAUCUUAUUUUUCUCUUUGUUGUUCACAUUUCUUUCUCUUUUUUUUUCAAAGGUGUUCUUUUCUUAAUGUUCUGGCCAUUUUUGGUUGAUUUAUGACGUCAUAUCAUUGCCAUUAUUGUAAUUGCUAGGAGUAUGUAAUGUAUAAUUGGAUUCCCAUUUUUCUGUAACGUAAUGGUACUAAAUAAACAUGAGUUGUGCAUAA